GCCAUAUUGCGUCUGUCUGACCUCUCGAGUUUGGAGGAAAAUCUGCGGCUGCCCGCUCCGGAAAAACACAAACUCGUCUCCCAAAACCCAACACCAAGCUCCGGAGGACGCUCUGAGACCCGGAGCCGCACGGAGCACACGUCUUUAUUUUAUUUAUUAUUUAUUAUUUCUGGUUCUCAUAUCUAGCAGCUCGGGGAAGAAGGACAGCAAAAUGCCCAGAGCGGUCAAUGUACGCGUCACCACCAUGGACGCUGAGCUGGAGUUCGCCAUCCAGCCCAGCACUACGGGCAAACAGCUGUUUGACCAGGUGUUAAAAACCAUCGGUGUACGUGAGGUGUGGUAUUUCGGACUGCAGUAUGUGGACACCAAAGGUUACCCCAACUGGCUAAAACUGGACAAAAAGGUGUCAUCUCAAGAUGUGAAGAAGGACAACCCACUACAAUUCAAAUUUCGGGCCAAGUUCUUCCCUGAGGACGUUUCUGAGGAGCUGAUUCAGGAAAUCACCCAGAAGCUCUUCUUCCUGCAAGUAAAAGAGGGCAUCCUUGGCGACGAGAUCUACUGUCCUCCAGAGACGGCAGUCCUGCUGGCCUCCUAUGCAGUCCAGGCCAGGUUCGGUGACUACAACAAAGAAGUCCACCGGCCUGGAUAUCUGGUCAAUGAACGCAUGCUGCCUCAGAGAGUCAUGGAGCAGCACAAUUUAUCCAAAGAGCAGUGGGAGGAACGAAUCCAGGUGUGGCACGAGGAGCACUCCGGGGUAUUGAGGGAGGACGCCAUGAUGGAGUACCUAAAGAUUUCUCAGGACCUGGAAAUGUACGGAGUGAACUACUUUGACAUUAAGAAUAAGAAGGGAACAGAGCUGAGGCUGGGAGUGGACGCACUGGGUCUCAACAUUUAUGAGAAGGAUGACAAGUUGACGCCAAAGAUUGGCUUUCCCUGGAGUGAGAUCAGAAACAUUUCCUUCAAUGACAAGAAGUUCGUCAUCAAGCCUAUAGACAAAAAAUCUCCAGACUUUGUGUUUUAUGCCCCGAGACUGAGGAUCAACAAAAGCAUCCUGCACCUGUGCAUGGGCAACCAUGACCUCUACAUGCGUCGUCGUAAGCCCGACACAAUCGAGGUGCAGCAGAUGAAGGCUCAGGCCAUGGAGGAGAAGCAGAUGAAACAGAAGGAGAGGGCUCAUUUGGAGAAUGAGAAGAAGAAAAGGGAAGCCAUCGAGAGGGAGAAGGAGCAGAUGGAGCGGGAGAAGCAGGAACUCAUGAUGAGGCUCUACCAGUUUGAGGAGAAGACUAAAAAGGCAGAGAAAGAUUUGCAGGACCAGCUUCAGAGAGCCAUGAUGCUGGAGCAGGAGCGGAGGAGAGCGGAGGAGGAGGCUGCGCGUCUGGAGGCAGAACGUCAGGCUGCCCUGCUGGCUAAAGAAGAGCUGGCCCGCCAGGCUGAGAGUCAGCUGAAGACGCAGGAGCAGCUGGCUUCUGAGCUGGCAGAGCACUCAGCCAAGAUCGCACUGCUGGAGGAGGCGAGAAGACGCAAGGAGGAGGAGGCUCGCACAUGGCAGAACAGGGCCGUAGAGGCUCAAGACGACCUGAUUAAGACCAAGGAGGAGCUGCACAUGGUGCUGACGGUGCCCCCGCCUCCACCGCCUCCUCCCGCAUACAACCACCGGGAUGGCGACAGCGACAGCGAGGACAACAACAGCACGAACAGCACCGACCUGGCGAUGGACGACUUCCACGACCACCGCAAGGAGGAGGAGCGUCUGACUGAGGUCGAGAAGAACGAGCGCGUCCAGAAGCAGCUCAAGACCCUGACAUCAGAGCUGGCUCAGGCCCGUGACGAGUCCAAGAACACCCAGAACGAUCUCCUCCACAGCGAGAACGUGCGCGCCGGCCGAGACAAAUACAAGACCUUGCGACAGAUCCGGCAGGGCAACACCAAGCAGAGGAUCGACGAGUUUGAGGCCUUAUAAGACGCCGCCGCCGCUCAAGUGCACGCCCUUUCUGAAUGGUCACUAUUCCUCUUGAUUUGCUGCUGAGACACACACAAAUGUCCCCUUCUCACCCACCCAAAGACAUGUUUAACGCGCUGGUAGCUGACUAAACUUAAGCAGCAGAAGACUGGGAGGACGCUGCGCUCUGCAAAACCUUAGUGCCAAAAUCUUUUGUCCUUUCUCUUGUUAUAGUGUUUUGAAUAUUGUCUCUUUUUUGAUGAAGUCGGACCAAAAUAAUUGUUUUUCACUGGAGGUUUAAUGAAGUAGUGGGAAUCUUGUUAUAAUGCACCUAGUAAUCAAAUUGUUGCGUUGGCAGAAAAGGCCUCGUUUUUGAUAGCGACCACUCAGAAAGGGGGAGACAGUAUACGCAGGAAAAUUGAUCUUUAUUUUCCAUUAUAUUUGAACACUUCCAGUUAUGUUUAUUUUGCUCUAAAGACAAAAUCAUAGUUAGAUAUUUAUACUGUAUAUGGGACAUAAAGGGUAUUUUGACUUGGUUUGUAUAUUUUUGCUAUCUACUAAUAUGAAAAACUUUAAAUUUUUCAGAGGUUUUAUGUAUUGACCCAAAUAACAGCCUAGUCUUAUGUUCCAUAUGUUUUCCCUUAGAUCACUUAACUAAAGAGAUUUAUUGUAAAUUAUUAAUUUUUAUUGUAGGAGACCUCCAGUUGCAUACAGACAAAAUAAAUUUAGAUGAACUUUCUUCCAAUUACUUUUAUUAGUUGUGCAGAUCAUUCAGAGCAACGUCUUGACUAUUACAAAGCUUUGUUUGUAUUUCUAUCAGUUUGUUCAAUGUCACAUUGUUACAAUAUAAGCAGCACAUGUUGAGGGUUUUUACCCUCUAAAGUGGCCUGUCUGUCCGGUCACUCACACAGUUACAAUGACAUGUGGAGGUUUGUUUUUAAAGUUGGAUUUCUCACCAAACUCUUGGACUAAAGUAGCAUUUACUAAAACCUUCAUGCAGAAACGCUCGGCUAUGCUGCGAUUUGUAUAUAACCAGGAUUUUAUUAUGAGGUUUCAACAUAUUGCCAAUAAAGAUUUGAUUUGUCA